AUGACUACUACAGACCCGUCUAAAUCGAAGAAAGAGGACCCCGAGAUCCCUGGUUAUGAGGAUGCUACUCACGAUGCCGUGUUCGGCGAGAUCACAGAAGAAGGACCUAACUAUCGUAAUGUGGGCUUUCUGGGUACCAUUGUCCUCAUGAUGAAGACCCAAAUAGGCCUGGGGGUUCUAUCCAUUCCGACUGCCUUUGAUACCCUCGGCAUGGUUCCGGGUGUGAUCUGCCUGGUCGCCAUUGCUUCCAUCACCACCUGGUCUGAAUACGUGAUUGGUACCUUUAAGGUCAAUCACCGUGAAGUGUACAGUAUCGAUGAUGCUGGAGCGUUAAUGUUUGGGCCAGUUGGCCGCGGAACCCUCGGAGUUGUAUUCAGUCUUUUCUGGAUCUUCAUCACCGGCUCCGGAAUACUCGGUAUCUCAAUCAGUCUAAACGCAAUUUCAACGCAUGGUGCCUGUACGGCCAUCUUUGUCGCCAUCUCCGCCAUUAUAGGCUUUGCCCUGGGCAGCAUCCGAACCCUCGGACGUAUAACCUGGCUCGCAUGGGUCGGACUCCCCAGUAUCCUCACCGCAAUUCUGAUCGUCACCAUUGCCGUCGGCGUGCAAGACCGCCCAGCCGCAGCGCCCAAAACCGACGGACCCUGGGUCUCCGACUUCAAGGUCUUCGGCAAUCCCUCCUUCACCGAGGCCAUCUCGUCCGUUUCUGCCCUCGUCUUCGCCUUCUCCGGCACCCCCGGCUUCUUCUCCAUUGCAUCUGAAAUGCGUAACCCGCGUCAAUACACCUCCGCGCUGCUCAUCUGCCAGUCCGGCGUAACAAUCGUAUACAUCGUUAUCGGCGUCGUGCUGUACUACUACUGCGGCUCGUAUGUCUCUUCGCCAGCACUCGGGUCCGCCGGCGGCCUCGUCAAGAAAAUCUGCUACGGAAUCGCCCUGCCUGGGUUAAUUGUCACGACGACGAUAGUCACACACCUCCCCGCAAAGUACAUCUUCCUGACCCUCCUCCGCGGCUCGAGACACCUCACCACCAGCACCUGGGUCCACUGGUGUACCUGGUUCGGAUGCACCGCCAGUGUCACCAUCAUCGCGUAUAUCAUCGCCAGCGCGAUCCCCGUGUUCGACUCGUUGGUGUCGUUGAUCGGCGCCUUGCUCGGCACGCUCAUGUGCUUCCAGCCCAUGGGCUGCAUGUGGCUGUACGAUAACUGGCAUCGGAAGAAGGACCGGUCCACACGGUGGGUUCUCAUGGUUUGUUGGAGCGUGUUUGUUAUCUGCGUCGGCUCGUUCCUGAUGGUCGCUGGUACCUAUGGCUCCGUGGUUGCCAUCAUGAACUCGUACAAGGAGUCUGGCGGGUCGGCGGCGUUUUCGUGUGCCGAUAACUCGAACUCGGUUUGA